GAAUACACCAUGCAUCUGGAAAAGACCUAGAGACUGUGGGGUAUUUCUGAUUAGCACCAUAUAAACACUGUGAAACAUGAUUUAACUGAAUGGUCAGUCAGCAUGUCUCAGUGCCAUGACACCACACUGUCUCUACUCCACUAUCUUUCACAGUAGGAACAGACAAAUAAGUCCAACUGCCAACAGUUGUGUUUUGGCCCCCAGAUCAAACAGACAUGGAGGAAUUACUUCAGAUCACACAUACAAGCCUGUAGAAGCUGUGAGAUCUACAACUGUCAGAGAGAGAAAGGUGAGGGAGGCAGCAGGAUGAAGUCCAAAGGGAAGGCCGUGAAACCAUCCAGGAGGACCUGGGCUGACCCUGAGCCAGAACUGGAACUAGAACCAGACACAGAACCAGGUUCUAGUGAGCAGGAAGGCUCAGAGGCCUCUGUCCGGAUCGGUGGCUCCUGGAGGGGGUCGCUGAGGGGCGGGGACGGCAAGCGCAAAGGAGGUGGAGGCCGGCGGCGUAGGCAACGUGGAUCCAGCACCAAGGAACGCAGCGUCCGCCGACUAGAGAGCAACGAGAGGGAGCGCCAGCGCAUGCACAAACUCAACAACGCCUUCCAAGCAUUGCGCGAGGCCAUCCCCCAUGUCAAGACCGACAAGAAGUUAUCCAAGAUCGAGACACUGACCCUGGCAAAGAAUUACAUCAAAGCCUUAACCACGGUUGUCGUGGAGAUGUCAGGGGCCUGCCUGCCUGCUGGUGGGGUCCCCUCAGAGGCCAGCACUGCCAAGCUGCUCCAGUGCUACCAACAGCACCUGGAGGAAGAGGGGGGGGACGAUCUCACCCAGUACCUCACCCACAUGCACAGCUUUAGCCAGCACAGCUAACAGUGGCUGGAAAGGUGGUUUGAACACCAGGAGGUCUCCAACCAGUCUCCAAUGCAGAGAGAUGUGGGGUUACCUUUAGGGCCAAAUCUCAAACUUUAUCCAGUUCCUUCAGGCGCACGUCUCUGGGAUCUGCUCAGAAAGAGGUUUUCUGAAGGAACUGGGUACCUCUGGCAAUAAACCCAUGCUUGACCAAAGCAAGAGGUGGGGUUGUCUAGAACUUUUUGCAAAAUAUGGAACCCCCUAGCAGACUGCACAGUGAAACGCAGGUGAAUCAUGCUUAUGACGAGUGACAAGACCCAUUUCUUAUUGUACUCCGAAAGGAAGGGCUAAUCUUUCACCAUUCUGUCUCUUUAUUUCUCAUCUUCUACGGUUUUAGCCACAUGGGUCUGGACCUUGUUCUCUUUUGUGUUAUCUUCCGAUCUUCUUGUGUUUUCUGGUGUUGAGAAACCUGUUGAGCGUAGCCUCCAGUCAUAACUGUCACAUCCAGGAUGAAAAGAAAAGCAAGCUGCAGAAAUAAAUAUUAAAACGUGGAAGAUAAAAUGUGUUUGCUCAUGACAAAAAUCUAUCAUGAAGGUUGUGCACACCCCCCCCCCCACGUUAGCUGGAAGCCACAGAUGAUAUUUAAAGUGUGUGUUAUUUGACUUUUACAAGUCUCCAGCCAGGACUUGGUAGUGAAAAAGAUCAGGAGAAACUAUGAGAAGUUUUUAUCAAUAAACACAUGUAUUUAUUGACAAAGACUGUUACUUUGACAAUGCACAACACUUGAGAAAUGUACUCCACAAUGUCAACAGCACUGAUGUGUUGCAUGCUACAGUAACACAGUAUGAUGUUAGUUAUUCACAGUUAUAUCACUUUUCCAAUGGCUGCAUAAUCUUUAGACAGUACAUUAUCAUAAAGGGGAAUUUAGGCAGCCGUUAACAUAAAUUAAUCCCUGAACGGAUUCAUCAGUGUGUUAAAGAAUUUAUUUUAAUAG